AUGACAGCUUCUCCAGAGGGUGCAGCUUCGUCGCCAUUCUUUGCGCGAAAAUCAGGUCGAUUCCCUUCCAGCGUGCGCAUUCCACGAUCAAAAAGAGCCAUGUCGAUGCGCACGUCAAUGAGUCAACCGCAGUUGGGCCACGAAUCAAAAUCAUCCAUUGCUUCCGCAUCCAUUGCCUUAUCGGACGAGAAAGAAGAGGUGAUAAAAAUCGGUCAACGCUGGGAAACAUACUUUGAACCUCGUUUUUCUUUUGGAUCCCAAGCGGCAUUGCAAGCGAAACAACCCCUGGAACAACCGGUGAUUCAUAAACAGGAGAACGAACGGGAUCCGGAACCAGAGGCGUUAUCGUUGAUCAUGUCCUCGGCUCCUACACCGACCCUUCCACCGAUUGAUCAGCUAAAGUUAUUAAUGCCAACCCAAGUAGACGCCCAGGUGGAAAUUCUACCUUGUCCUUCGCGGGCAUUCUUAUCCAAUAACAUGCAGCAGCGUGAUCAUCAGCAAAAGUGGCGCGAGCGCAUGGAUCUUUUACAUACCAUCCACAACCAAGGGUUUCGCGAAGCCAACGACGCCACUUUGUGGAUUCCCAAAGCCGCCGCUUGGCAAUCGCUGAAAGCCAAAGCGGAGCAAAUCAAGCGCGACGCCAAAAACCCGUUUUAUCAUCCUCCCGAGGAACCUGACGACGCCGCAUCAUUGGCGGAAAAUGGCGAGAAGAAGCAAAGCACUUGUCGGCGCUCUUUCCACUACUUUGUGUGGGGCUUCCUUUUCCCACCGCUUUGGGUAGCAGGAGCGCUGUAUGUGUCACCCCACAUACGAACAUCGACCAAUUGGUUAAUAGACCAACAGUGGAAACGGAGAUCACGUAAUGCGUUUGCUUGUUUUUUAGUCGUGGUUGCCAUGAUCAUGGUCUUCAUCUUGGCUCUCAAACCCAGUGCGUUAGGCUGGCGCACGAGCAAUAUUGAAGGAUUCGAAGACCAAGUAUUGCAGGUGACAUGA